CCGGGUGCAGAAGAUUUUUACGGGGACCUCUAUAGCGUACUCCGAAUUGUCGACGCGGUCGUCGUUGUCGUUGACGCGACAACAGGCGUCGAAGGUGGUACCGAAAAGGUAUGGGAGGUCGCGGACAAAUAUGGACUUCCGCGUCUCAUCUUUAUCAAUAAGAUGGACAAAGAGAACGCCAGUUUUGAAAACGCGCUCGCAAGCAUUGAAGAUAUUUUAGAGACCCGGGCUGUCCCUAUCCAACUACCGAUUGGGGAAGAGGAAAAUUUCGCAGGUGUGGUUGAUGUCAUACAGAUGGCGGCGUAUCUACAACCCGAUGGCAACAAACGCGCAGCGAAAGCAGAAAUUCCCGGAGAAUUGGAAUCUCAGGCUGAAGAGACCCGCGAAGCACUCGUUGAAGUCGCAGCGGAAAGCGAUGACGAACUCAUUGAGAAGUUUUUUGAAGGCGAACUCACUGACGAAGAAAUUCAGAACGGCUUACAACUCGGCAUUUCUGAGAGUCAGUUUGCCCCCGUACUCUGUGGUGCGGCAUUGAGCAAUACCGGCGUGCAACAAUUGAUGGAUAUACUCGUAAACGGAUGUCCGUCUCCCGUAGAUGUUGGUGCGGUAAAAAGUGCUGAGAAUGAAGAGGAAACCCGCGAACCGUUAUCAGAUGCCCCCAUGUCUGCCGUCGUUUUCAAAACUAUUGCCGACCCAUUUUCUGGACAAUUGAGUUUCUUUCGCGUCUAUUCCGGUACGCUACAAGCAGACACCCAAGUUAGCAAUUCGACACGAGGACAGACAGAACGACUCGGCAAAACGACCUUCAUGAACGGUAAGAACGCGAUUAGUACACCACAAGUAGAAGCAGGAGAUAUCGGCGCGCUUACCAAACUUGCGGCGACACAAACCGGCGAUACGCUCUGUGACAGAGAUGCUUCGAUUCAACUUGCGGGUAUUGACUUCCCGAACUCGGUGCUCUCUUACGCGAUCCGUCCGACGCGUGAAGGUGACGAUGAAAAAUUGAUGACAGCACUCACUCGCAUGUCUGAAGAGGACCCGGUAUUUAGAAUUGAACGGAACGAAGUUACCAAACAGCUUCUCGUAUCGGGGCUCGGAGACCAGCACAUCACUGUCAAUCGCGAGCGGAUGGCAGAUAAAUUCGGCGUAGAGACGGCUGUCGAGCCGCCGAAGGUGCCAUACCGUGAGACGAUUCGCCGACGCGUCCAAUCCGUUCAAGGCAGACACAAGAAACAAUCCGGUGGCAGAGGGCAGUUCGGGGAUGUCUCGAUUAAUAUGUCACCUCUGGCACGUGGUGAAGGGUUUGAGUUCGUUAACAACAUUGUCGGUGGUGCGAUCCCGCGCAACUAUAUCCCUGCUGUCGAAAAGGGCAUCCGUGAAAGAAUGGGCAGAGGUUUACUGGCUGGUUUCCCGCUCGUCGAUAUCCAAAUCGACCUCUUUGACGGCAAAUACCACCCUGUCGAUUCUUCAGAUAUGGCGUUCCAGAUCGCCGGUUCCAUGGCGUUUGCCACCGCCGUUGAACAAGCCGAUCCGGGCUUGCUUGAACCGAUUAUGAACGUUACAAUCACGGUACCGGAACAGUUUAUGGGUAACAUUAUCGGGGACUGA